GUGGUAACAAAAAAUGUUCUACAUGAAACAUAACCACUUUAAUAAACGAAUUUAAAAAAGUUGAUUUGUCAAAAUUCGACAACGGAAAAUUUUGAAGAAAAUAAUUUGUUUUCAAUUAAAAUUGGUCACGCGUUACGUUUUGUUUUUUUGUGGAGCACAGCUCAUAUCAUUACAGUCAAUAUUGUGUUAUAAUAGCCAAUUUUUUGUUUGACUUUAAAUUCAAUAGACGAAAAAUGGAAAACGUUGAAAGUGCUGUUCCAGUGAAUCUAUCAGGACGACCAAUUGAAAGAAAUGUCCUGAAAGAAUUAAACAACAUUGAGGGGACAAUUAAAUCGCCGAAAGAUUCUUCAUUGGCUGACCAAACAGUUAUCAUCACCAACAAUUGUCUCGCAGUUGGUAGUGACAAAGCCGUAAAUAAAAACCUCGUGCGUGUCACAACACCAACCGAUGUUCAUUCCACCAAUAACACUGAAACGGAUGCUGCAAUUCACUCGAAUUCUGGCGUUGACCCGAAACAGUUACUGGAAACGACACAUGUAGUCGAAUCUGCUUCUGCUACCGAAUCUUCUCUAACGAAAGAAAUCAACGCAGCUGAACCAAACGAAAAUAUGCUCCAAUACGGAGAGAAACGCGGCAAUUUGAAUGAAACAUGUACUAUACCCUACACUGGCCGUCAAGAUACGACAUUCGUUUCGUCCAAUACAGCUUACAAUGAAACCAUUAUAAUGGAGCCGACCUCAUCAGAAUUCUACGAUAAAAUGGAAGCGAAGGAGAGCCCCGCAAUGUGUACUCCACCUCGUACUGGUCUUCAGGAUGCGACAUUUGUUUCGACAAACACAAUUAACAAUCAAACCGUUGUAAUGGAACGGAAGGACAACUUUGCCGAUUCACAGCCGAAUCAAACUCAAAAAAUUGAUCAAUCCAAUGCGAAUGAAUCUUUCAGUGCAGAUCCAUUAGGGCACACCGGAGACGCUCGAGAAUUUUCAUUAGAUUCUCCUAAGAUAAAUCAGGAUGAACCGUCAACACCCACAGACAAACGUCUACCAGCCGUGUCGGCUGAAAAGCUCUUCUCCAGCAGAAAGGCUCCAACUUUUUCCGAAAUGUUUCCUGCUACCUCGCCCAUACCCAACGAAUCGAACAACGUUCCGGUGAACAAACAGUGCGACUCGUCUUUUGUAGUUGAUAAAACUUAUGUGACGAGUGACAAGUGUUCGAAUAAGGAGUCGAUCAACACGACGGUUGUAUUAGGCGGAAAUAAUGACAAAGUGCCGACGGAAUCGGAGGUGAAUGGUGAUGUGUUAGCAUUUGAUUUUAAGGCGCCGACACUGCCGACUGCUGGACAAUCGAAUAAGCGAAAAGAAGAUGUCGACAAUUUCAUGGUCCUCAACUCAAAUGAUUUUGAUUUCCUUCAAUCGCGAGGUGCAAAUUCUGUUGAUCCGGAAAACGAUCCACGUAGUUCAUUGCUGUUGCGCUUCGAUCCGUUAACAAAUCGUCGUUCCUUACUAUCAAAACCACCAGCCCCAAUCGACGAAGGCACAGAUACCACGUCUGCUGGUUCUUCCAAACAUACCAUUUCUUGCGACAAUCCAUCAUCGAAUGAACUGCCAUCGAAUGGUUUCUUAGUUCAGGUGGCUGACGCUAUGGAAAGUGAUAGCAACAGUUGCAUGAAUAACGUUAGAAUCGAAAAGAACGGCGACAAGGUUAUUUCCGUGGACGAAUUGUUGUUGACGAACAAAAAGAUCGACACUACAUCGGUUGAUGAAAAUAUUCGCAAGAAAAUGGAAGAAUAUGAAGCAACGCAAGAAAUCCUAUUGAAACGCAUAACAGAAAAGGAUAAAGCGAUAACUAAGGCCAGCAAUGUUCUCGAAUUGUAUGAAAAAGCAAUAGCCGAAGCCCUGGCUGCAAAAGAAAAACUGUCCCAAAACUAUGACAAAGAGCACGAAGAACUGAAAACCGAUCGUGAUGUCACUUUCCAACAUUUGCUGUCACUGGAAUCAACAUUUGCCGAUUUACAUAUGAAAUUCGAACGUAAUGUACAAUAUACGGGCCAAUUACAGGAAAAAGUUACGUCGACAGCUGAGGAUAAAGCGAAAGCUGAAGAUUUACUUAGGCAACAAGAAUUCAGAUACGAUAAAAUGAAGAGUCACACAAUGCAACAGUUUGAUAUUGCUAAUACGAAAUUGGAACAGCAAACCCGAACAAUUUCGUUGGACAACACGAAGCUGAGAGCGCAAAUCAAACGGGAAGAGAUUCAUAAAAAUGCCGUCGCCGAAGAAUUGUCACAGAAGAAGAAGGAGAACGAAGAAUUAGUGAAAAUAUGCGAUGAACUCAUUAGCGGUCAGCGAAAUUAAGGCUUCGUUUAAUUUUAAGUUUUUUUUUUAAAUCCGAGAGGUAGAAUCUUUCUUGUGAUUUUCAUUGUUCAGUUAAAAUGUUUAUGUGUUGGAACACAAGUGAGACGAUGAUGAUGAUGAUGAGGAAUUAUUAAAAUUUGUGAAAUAAAGAAACGGGACGGGGUCAAUGCAACGAAUAAAAAUUUCGGUUUCUCAUUUCUAUUGGAUUGGGUUUCGUUAUCCGUUUUUCCUUGUUGUUGCUAUCACUGGUUUUUGUUAGAUUCCUCGCUUUCCGACUGGCUCAUCUUGAAUGCUCUGAUUUUGUGAUUUUUCACGGUUUUACCAUUACCACUCGCAUGCGUGUCGGAGCUUCAACCAAACAAAAAAUUACAAACAAUUUUGAUUGUAUGUGUGAAUCAGCUGAAGCAAAUUCAUGAUGAAAUUUCACUACCUCUGGCAAUUUCAUAUUUAAAAAAACCGAGAGUUACGCUUUUGCUCGUCGGCUUCCCUUUAUUGUUGCAUUCUAUUCAAAGUGUCCGCCGUAUUGGUGAGUUCAAUGUUCGAAAUUUUCUUCACAGCAUGUUAAAACCAACAACAGUUGGAUGAUGAGUGAUAAAGUGAUUGUCACCAGUACACUUACUUUUGCCUUGACUUGUAAUUAAUCUGAAAUAAAUUUGUGAAUCGAAGAAAGCUGCUAUUACCGUUGACGGCGAGGAGAUACGCCGAAUGCAUAUCGUUGAGGUGUUAGUUU